AUGGCGAGCGAGUGUUCUGAAAGUGUCUCAGACGCCAGUUUGAAAAUUAAAAAACCUAACUGGACCGAGUUAGAAAAGAAAAUUUUGGCGGAAGAAGUGCAUUUGAGGGAGGGUUUAUUGUUUGGGAAAUUUAAGGGUGCUGGGGGUGGGAAGAUAGCGAAGGACGUUGCCUGGAGAGAGGUUGCACAGGCAGUGAACGGGAGCAGUGGUUCGGGAAUACUGAGGACAAGUGGGGAGGCUGCCAAGCAGUACAGUAACUUGAAGCUGAGGGCCAAAGGAAAGUUAUCAGAAUCAAAACGCCCAAAGACAGGAGGGGGUCCCAAGCCACCAAGCCCCACACCAGUUGAGCUUUCCAUUUUGGAACAACUGGAAGGAAGGCCUUCCCUUGAAGGAAUAUGUGGAGGAAUAGAUACAGCGGAUCCAGUGGUGACUCAGCCUUCCACCUCUUCUUCAGCAUCUUCAGAUGUGCCUGCAAAGAAGAAGGAUGUACAAGAUUCUGGUAAGAAAAAGAGGAAGCUUACCAUCCUGGAGCUAGAGGAAAGGAACCUAUCAUUAGAGAAUGAUAAACUUCAGGAAGAAAUAGAGAAGCUGAAAGACGAGAGACAGCUCAUUGUGGCCAAGAAAUCAUAUUAUGACCUAAAAUUCCAAAUUUUAUGUAAUAAUAAUCCUGAGGUAGUAGCUCAAAUGUUGAAGAGCAAUGAAUGUUGAAAGUUUUUACAUAGAAAUUUACGAUAGGUAAGAGCUGAUAUCCCAGCACAUUUCUGGUGCCAUAUAAUGACAUUUUUACUCCUAAUUAAUCAUAUAUCCACUUCAUUUUUGAAGAGUUUUUCCUAAUGAACCGAAAAUAUAACUUUGAGCUUUUCUGAUAAAAAAUUUGUUUAUUGUGGUUGUUGCCAUCGUUCAUGUUGUAAUCUUUUCACAAUUUCAUCUUCAGAACUAAAGGUCAAUUUUAACCAAACUAUGAACAAAGCAUUUUAAUAUGAAGGUAAUUGCAGUUUCUUAAAAUAGAAAGUUAUACAUGUCUUCUUUCAGAGGGAGUUAAUAAAGAAUUAUUGGUUUUUCAGCUCAUUGAGACAAAGUGUCCGGGGGGGGGGGCCCUUAUGCCCUAACAUUACUAAACUUGCAUGGAUGGUGCGCGUUAUGAUACUGAUGCACCCGACAGGCUUGAGUGCUAAAUCUGAGCUAUAGGUUUCGGAUGCUGGAGGAGGUUAAGUUUUUUGGAACAGGUCAAAUGUUUUAUAGAUAAUAGCUUUUUUAGCUCACCUGAGCUGAAAGCUGAAAGUAAAUAUUUUGAUGUAUUUUGUGAUAUGAUAUUGUAUCGUAUAAUACUAUAUUGUAUCAUAUUCGCGGUUUAUAAAGCGUAAACUGCCCCAAGUUAUGUUAUAUUGUAAGAAUCAAAGGAUGCAAUAUUGUAUUUUAUAUUAUUGUAUUGAUAAACAUUGUAUCUUAUAAUACUGUAUUAAAUGAACAUAUGAUUAUCAUACCAGCUUUUAACAUAUGAUAUAGUGUCAAAACAGUAUCCAAGAAGGAAAACUAUGAUUUUCAUAUAAUAUGCAUAAGGUGGUGUCAUAAAGGUGAUGAAUUUUUUUAUAGGAUAGAAGACAAAAUGUUAUAAUAUCUUCUUCUGACAUAUGAAACAAUGAAAGGGGCUUAAUGUUCAACAUAGAAAUUUGUGAAGAAAUAUUUGAUCGUCUUUGUAAACAAGACCUAAACAUGUAAUUAUACGUUGAGUAUUUCGUAUUGGAUCCCAUAAAGCAUACUUAAAGUAAUAGCUAUUUAUAUUGCACAGGUGAGCAAUGUGGCCCAUGGGCCUCUUAUUAAUAUUUACUAUUCAAAAUAUAUUAUGCCACUCUAAGCUUUGGAUGAUAAGCUUCCUCUUUGAAAAUAAGUCAUUUUUGUUCUUAAUGAUGUGUGCAUUUUAAGUCACUGUCCACUGAAGAAUGUUAAAUAUGAUAUGAUUGUGAUACAUUGCACUUUAAGCAAUACGAGUAUUCAAGUUUAUGCCAGUAUGAUUUAUUCACUGUAGUUUGUAAUACCAGUAAGAAUUAUAUGAAAGUUGUAAUGAAAGAAUAAUUGUUUCAUCUUUUAUAUAUAUUUGACAAUGAUAUUAUUUUAACAAGUUGAGAUGAUGCGUUGUAUUGCUUGUUUAAUGUUUAAGUAGUUUACAUGUACAUGUAUUUGAUUGAAUGGUGGAUAUAUGUGACUACAUGUAUAUACGUAAGUUGCUUUAUCUGAUUGUUUUCAACUCUAUUAAAUGUUAUCAUCAAUGAU